CCUAUCAUGAGCUCUUUCUGCCCUAGGGUAUCUGUAAAUUCCCCCAGAGAGAGAGCCAGAGUCUUAAUCAUAACAUUAAUGGCCUGAAUCAAGGGAGGGAACUGACGCAUCAGUUCCUCCCUAUUCAAGGAGCCGUUGGAAAUGUUUUCUGGUUCCUUGAACAGAUUAAGUUUUUGUCAAGAGAAAAAUAGAACAGAAGAAAGGAUAGCAGAGUCAAUGCAAGAAGCCAUCGCCAGGAACAAAGCGAGCGAGGUCGUUGAGGCUGAUCAGGCACCUCAACUCGAGCAGACUGCCAGGGAACCGCCAGGGCCAAGCUCCAAGAAGCACGAGCCCCUCAUUUUGAGACUGCCACCACCUGAGAGGCAUUUUGUCACACAGGUACUGUAGACAUCGUCCCUGCCAGCUGGACCCGCUGUCCUAUAUCUGUCCUGACUGUGGUAAGGCCAUGGGGACCAAGGGCCACCAUCUUGGCCUGGGAUUCCUGCUCCUGCUCUUUCUCCCUGCAGUGUGUCUGGGAGCUGAGGGGAGACUGGCUCACAAGCUGUUCCGUGACCUGUUUGCCAACUAUACCAGUGCCCUGAGACCUGUGGCAGACACGGACCAGACUCUAAACGUGACCCUGGAGGUGACACUGUCUCAGAUCAUCGAUAUGGAUGAGCGGAACCAAGUGCUGACCUUGUACCUGUGGAUCCGGCAGGAGUGGACAGAUGCCUAUCUGCACUGGGACCCCAAAGCCUAUGGUGACUUGGAUACAAUCCGCAUUCCCAGCAGCCUAGUGUGGCGACCAGACAUCGUUCUCUAUAACAAGGCAGACACGCAGCCACCAGCUUCGGCCAGCACCAACGUGGUUGUGCGGCAUAACGGCAGAGUGCGCUGGGACGCACCGGCCAUCACACGCAGCUCGUGCCGUGUGGAUGUGUCUGCCUUCCCGUUCGAUGCUCAGCGCUGCGGCCUGACCUUCGGCUCAUGGACUCACGGCGGGCACCAGCUGGACGUGCGACCCCGGGGCGCGUCUGCCAGCCUGGCUGACUUCGUGGAGAACGUUGAGUGGCACGUGCUGGGCAUGCCGGCGCGCAGGCGCGUGCUCACCUAUGGCUGCUGCUCCGAGCCCUACCCGGAUGUGACCUUCACUCUGCUGCUGCGCCGCCGAGCUGCCGCCUACGUGUGCAACCUGCUGCUGCCCUGUGUGUUCAUCUCCCUGCUGGCGCCACUGGCCUUCCACCUGCCCGCUGACUCCGGGGAAAAGGUGUCUCUGGGCGUCACCGUGCUCCUGGCGCUCACUGUCUUCCAGCUGAUCCUGGCCGAGAGCAUGCCUCCCGCGGAGAGCGUUCCACUCAUCGGGAAGUACUACAUGGCCACCAUGACCAUGGUCACAUUCUCCACAGCCCUCACCAUCCUCAUCAUGAAUCUGCAUUACUGUGGCCCUAGUGCACACCCAGUGCCUGCCUGGGCUCGGGUUCUCCUGCUGGGACACCUGGCCAGAGGCCUGUGUGUGCGGGAACGAGGGGAGCCUUGUGGACAGUCCAGGUCACUGCAGUCAGCCCCCAGCCUCCAGCCUCCAGAAGGUCUCCCAGCAGGCCCUUGUCAUGAGCCAUGGUGUCUGUGCCAUCAGGAAGCCCUUCUGCGUCAUGUGGCUUCCAUUGCCAGCAUCUUCCGCAGCCAUUGGGCUGCCCAGCACUGCCACGAAGACUGGAAGCGCCUGGCUCGGGUGAUGGACCGCUUUUUCCUAGGCAUCUUCUUCUGCAUGGCUCUGGUCAUGAGCCUCCUGGUUCUGGUCCAAGCCCUGUGAGGGCCAGGAACUGGAUCUUAGGGAGCUUGGUCACCUCAACACCACCAGAUAGGAAUGACAAAACCCAGGUGGUUGUUGGUACUCAGAGUGCUGCUCAAAGUCAAGAACACCUCUCAGGACCAGCACUUCUGACCUGUGUGCCCUCACUGAGGGGAUCCAAAGUCUCUUUCUCCCUUCCCUCCAAUAUGAUUCAGGUCGAAGUGCAGACUUGGAAAUAGGAUUCAAUGUCAGCUGAGCAAGAUGGUGUACCCCUGUAAUCCCAGCACAUAGAGGCUGAGACAGGAGGAUUUCCAUAAAUUCAAGGGCAACCUGAGCUUCAGAAAACUUUGUCUAAGAAAUAAAUAACCACCCAUGUCUACACUUGGAAUUAUAGCUGUUAGCAGGGCAAAUUCGGGUUUUUAUUUUGUUGAGACAGAGUACCACUAGGUACCUCCUGCUGGCCUGAAGCUUGCUAUGUAGCCCAGGCUGGCCUUGGAUUCACAUAGACCCACCUGCCUCUGCCUCUCCAAAGGCACUCCCGGCUAGAGUGUAGGCUACUUGCUAAGGGACAAAGGCACACAUGCGCAUGUCAUCCUUAGCAGCUGCAGAUGCUCAUCCUGCUCAUCUCUGCGAAGGCUCUAGGGGAUAGAAAUUCAUGGUCUAGUGUCCAGAACAGAAGGCAAUAUAAACUUUUAUUCCAGAGCUUCAAUCGAUAAUAAAUGAGAGUGU